AUGGCUUCAUCAUCCGCGGCAGAGGAGACGAGCUACGACUUGUCUGUGCCGGAAGCUCUACUCGGCUUCCUCGAAGAUGCCGGCAUCCGCCUGGUGCGCCUCGAGUACCUGGUCGAGCUCUCUGCCUCCGGCAGGCCUUUGCCGCGCCGUCAAGAGGCGGAGAAUGAGAAGACGAGCUCAGGGGCGCCGGCGCUGGUAGAGAGCAGCGAGCUCAAAGAAGUGAGGAUUGACCCCAACACAGCCCACAUGUCUGUGAUGCUCCGGCACCCAGUACCGAGACGCGUGCAAGUCCACCUCGUCUCCAUCAGCCACAUGUGGGAGAGCAUGCAGCAUCCGGAUCCGUGGAGGUUCCAGCUGGAUGCCAUCGUUGAGGACUUCCGUCCCCGACUCCUGGAUUCAGUAGUUUGGAUCUUCUACGACUUCGUUUCCUUGCACCAAUACACCAGAAACGAAGAACAAGAGAUGCUUUUCCGACGGGCGCUCCGCGACAUUUUUGUCAUGUACUCCCACGAUGCCAUGGAAGUUCAUCGCAUUCAGACGUUGACUCCGGAGAGCGUGCGAGAAAGGUGCGUGGCAGCGCACGGAUCCAAGAUCUUCGUUUACUGGAAGGAGGAGCAGAAGAUGAUGGACGUGUGUAUCUCUCAGCUCAAGUUGAACGGCACGCCCUACGAGGAACGGGGCUGGUGCCGGUCCGAGAAGGAGUGGUCUGCUUUGCGGGAGGACUCGGAGAAGGUCUUCAAGCUCCAGGCGAAGGUCUUCCACCAGAAGGCCGAGUCCACCACCAAUCUCCUCAUCGAAAACCUGGAUGACGACAAGAUCGCCGUUCUGGCUGCAGCUUUGCCUUCCUACACCAAGCUCAAAGAGCUCGUGAUCAUGGGAAGCCCGGAGAAUGCUUGGAAAGCGGAUUUGGCCGUGGUGGAAUCCGGUGCCUGCAACGUCGAGAUCGCGUGCGAGAAUGUGCAGGACGAAGAUGCGAUAGCUUUGGCGGCCGACUUGUCCAAGGAGAGGUGCAAUCACUUGGAGCGGCUGCAUCUCAAGUGUGAGACGAUUGGUGAACUGGGUAGGCAAGCCCUCGAGCAGAUGAUGGGGCAUCGCAGAGCGAGUCUGGUGAUUACCCUUCCAGACUGCAGUCUGGGUUAUGUCGCGCAGGGGAUUGAGCCAGCGGUGGCUUCAGAGACUUGCGUGACGCUGCGCAUCCUUGUCUUCAAGCGCAGACCUGCAGAAGCCGUGGCUGCCGGUCCCGCUCAGGCCGGGAAUAAGACCUAUGCAAGCGGUCUGUUGGAGCCGCAUGCGUCCGGAGGCGGCGCGGAGCGGACCUUGAGCGUCCCACAGCCCGCAGAGGCCGGUCGUCCAGACACGGCCGAGCAGACCGUGAGUGUCCAUUGCCUGGCAGGGUCCAGCUUUGGGCUGGAGGUCAACUCUGCCCAAACGGGGUGGGAUGUGGCGGCACACAUCGCAAGCAGAAGUGGCCAUCCUGCAGAGACACUCGUGCUGACAUCCGGUGGUUGUGUCAUUGAGCAGCGCGAGCGGCUGCUGCCUCAAGUCCAGCAUGGAGAGAUCACGUACGUGGUGCAGGGGCUUGGCGCGGGUCGAGCCGCGACGAGUUGGCAACGCCUUCUCACGAACAAGACUCUGUCUGACACAGAUGUUGCUGCCCUGCGCGAAACAGUGUCAUUCACGUGGAACGUCGACCAGAGCUUGAAGGGCAUCCAGCUGCCCAGCAGCCGGCAGAGUUUGACGUUUGGCAGAAGCUUUAACCAGAGCCUGGAGGGCAUCCAACUACCCAGCAGCCUGCAGAGUUUGACGUUCGGCGACAAGUUCAACCAGAGCCUGGAGGGCAUCCAACUACCCAGCAGCCUGCAGAGUUUGACAUUUGGUUACUUGUUCAACCAAAGCCUGGAGGGCAUCCAAUUACCCAGCAGCUUGAAGAGUUUGACGUUUGGCGACAAGUUCAACCAGAGCCUGGAGGGCAUCCAACUACCCAGCAGCCUGCAGAGUUUGACGUUUGGCAGCGAUUUCAACCAGAGUUUGGAGGGCAUCCAGCUACCCAGCAGCCUGCAGAGCUUGACGUUUGGCUUUCAUUUCAGCCAGAUCUUAGAAGGCAUCCAACUACCCCGCAGCCUGCAGAGUUUGACGUUUGGCUGGGACUUCAACCAGAGCUUAGGAGGCAUCCAACUACCCCGCAGCCUGCAGAGUUUGACGUUCGGCGGCAAGUUCAACCAGAGCCUGGAGGGCAUCCAACUACCCAGAAGCCUGCAGAGUUUGACAUUUGGCCCCUGGUUCAACCAGAGCCUGGCGGGCAUCCAACUACCCAGCAGCCUGCAGAGUUUGACGUUUGGCGACAAGUUCAACCAGAGUUUGGAGGGCAUCCAACUACCCAGCAGCCUGCAGAGUUUGACGUUUGGUGGCAGCGAUUUCAACCAGAGUUUGGAGGGCAUCCAGCUACCCAGCAGCCUGCAGAGCUUGACGUUUGGCUUUCAUUUCAGCCAGAGCUUAGAAGGCAUCCAACUACCCCGCAGCCUGCAGAGUUUGAUGUUCGGCGGCAAGUUCAAACAGAGCCUGGAGGGCAUCCAACUACCCAGCAGCCUGCAGAGUUUGACGUUUGGCUACGACCUCAACCAGAGCUUUAAGGGCAUCGCACUACCCGGCAGCCUGCAGAGUUUGACGUUUGGCUACGACUUCAACCAGAGCUUGCAGGGCAUCCAACUACCCAGCAGCCUGCAGAGUUUGACGUUUGGCUAUGAGUUCAACCAGAGCCUGGACGGCAUCCAGCUACCCAGCAGCCUGCAGAGUUUGACAUUUGGUUGGAACUUCAACCGGAGCUUGGUGCGCAUGCAACUACCCAGCAGCCUGCAGAGUUUGACGUUUGGCCACCGUUUCAACCAGAGCUUGAAGGGCAUCCAAUUACCCAGCAGCCUGCAGAGUUUGACAUUUGGUUACUUGUUCAACCAAAGCCUGGAGGGCAUCCAAUUACCCAGCAGCUUGAAUAGUUUGACGUUUGGCGACAAGUUCAACAAGAGUUUGGAUGGCAUCCAACUACCCAGCAGCCUGCAGAGCUUGACGUUCGGCGAGGAGUUCAACCGAAGCCUGGAAGGCAUCCAACUACCCAGCAGUCUGCAGAGUUUGAAGUUUGGUGCUAAGUUUAACCAGAGCCUGGAGGGCAUCCAGCUACCCAGCAGUUUGAAGACUUUCACUUCACGUGCGUUUUGCAUGGGUAGCGCGUGA